AUUUUGCUUCAUUUCACGUCUCGCUUUCGUACCGUUCACAACGUACGCUCAUAUCAGUUUUUUCAAGUAUUACGAAGACGCACUCGUCUUUCGGAAUUUCAUCAGUUCAGUGUAGUUAAAGAUCGCUGAAGGAAAAACAACAAACUAAACGAAGAGAUUUGUGAAAGUGAGAUUUCACCCAAAACAAAACAGAAAAAAAAACAUUCUAUGAACAAUUUGUUGCAAAAGAAGUGCAGUGAUAACACAACGAUAAAAAGUUAACAACAAUUGUGCGGAAAGACAAUCCUGUGAAGUGACACAACCAAAACAACACAAGAAGAACACAAUGGUUUAUGCAAACAUGGUAGCAGAGUCCGCGAUGAGCGGCAAAAUCCCACAGCCAAGCUCAUUGGAACCGCUAUCCAGGACAUACCAGUACCGCAAAGUGAUGAAGCCAAUGUUGGAGCGCAAACGCCGUGCCAGGAUCAACCGAUGCCUGGAUGAGCUGAAGGAACUGAUGGUGUCAGCUCUGCAAUCGGAAGGUGAAAAUGUCUCCAAAUUGGAAAAGGCCGACAUCCUGGAGUUGACCGUUCGUCACUUGCACAAACUCCGCCGGCAGCAAAGAUUGACCGUUAACCCAGUGAUCGAUGCUGACCGUUUCCGUGCCGGAUUCACCCAUGCCGCCAAUGAAGUUUCCCGCUGUUUGGCAUCCACCCAAGGAGUAGACAUCAAGUUAGGCACCAAGCUUAUGACCCACCUCGGACACCGGCUGAACGAUCUGGACAAAGUUUCACCACUGUCCGUUCACGUCGAGCAGAACCUGCAAUCUCCUCCUAUCUCACCGUUCUCCACCUCCUCAUCUACUGCCGCUGACCUGCAGUCCUACCAGAUGCCACUGACUCCUCAGUCGUUCCGUUCCGGAAGUGGCAACUCCAACAGCCCAUCACCAAAUCCCAGCGAGUGUUCUUCAACCGGUAGCGAUCAGCAAACCUCCGGUCUGCUCAAGAUUCAGGAAUCCGUCUGGAGGCCGUGGUAAAGCCUGUUUGUUCGAUCGGACCUCCUCCGUUGGAACCGGUACCAGUGAAACAAGACUUAUCACUCAACGCAACCAAAUUCCUCAAUCCAGAGAUCUCAAGAGACAACAAGACAAAAACAGAACCUUUUAAAACAAUCAAUCAAUCGUAUGGGUAUAGCUUUAAUAGGAGAUAGGACUUUUCACUCUAAUUGUUUUUAAGAGUUUGUGAUAUUAACGUUCUUUAGGGACUAGGCCUUAAGCUUUUUGUUAGUACUUUUUCGCUGAGAAAGACCUGUUUUAUUUCUGCAUUUAGCUCAGAAUUUUUUUUUUAGUAGCCAGUAGAAGAUGUUUGUUCUCAAAAUAAAACUUAAGAUUGUUUACGAAUUGCGCAGUUUGCUGCAAUUUCUGUGAUUAUAAGCAAAACAAACAAAAUCAAAAAUGUUCUUUUUGAUCAAUUAGAGCUAAGACAAAAUAAAAGAAUGACUAUCAAAUAUUUGAAAAAAUUAAACCUUUCAUCUUCUCAAUCAUCAACUAAAACACUUCCGAAAA